AUGGGAUCAAUUAAUUACACGUAUGAAGGGGACGGUCAAACAGAUGACUUGGUUAAUGAGCCUAGCGAUGAGUCAACAUUGACGAAUGACAAAAAUGAAAGAGAUCAUUACUCAGAGGAGCAUUUUGACAAUUACUCGGAUGCCACACCGCCACCAUCUAGUCCACGAGUAUCUAAACUGCAGGGACUAACUGGAGGGAGAGUGCAGAGUGAUUGUACCCUUGGGAAUGCCUCAAAUUCUUUGACAACUGUUAAGAAAAAACUUCAACAAUUUAUGAGCAAUCAUGACGAACGAGAGACACCACGAGAAAAUGGUGUCAAUUUAAGAUAUGAGGAGACCCAUCGAUCUGACCAACUUCGGGAGCGUUCACGCUGGGUUUGGAAAUUCAUGAUAAAAACACCGAAGGGAGGAGACUGUAAUCUGUGCUUACGUUCUAUAUCAUCUGAGAAAACUACGACAAACCUCGCGAAACACUUGACACGAAAUCAUAGAGACAACCAAAAAGUCAUGAAUGCUUACUCUCAACUAAAAAUAAACCCAGCUGGUACUGCAGAAUUAAAACUAUCGACAUUAAGAAAGCCAUCUUCACCCACUCCAAAGACUGAACAACCCAGAAUUGAUCACUCUUUCUCACAAAUCAACUCAUUUAAAGAUGGCGGAAUUUUUAGUGGAAAACUCAAGAAUGCACUGUUAUACAUGGUCGUCAAAGAUGAUAUGCCUCUUAGCUGCACCGAGAAAGAAGGCUUGAAGCAUGUUUUAUCGGUCGCAGCUCCUCAUUUCCUUGCACCGGGUAGAAAUUCAAUGACAAGGUGUCUGGAGCAAAAGUAUUUGGUCUUGUCCUCACAGGUUAAACAUAAGUUGCAGAGCUUUCAUAAUUUUACUUUGACCGCUGACGUGUGGACUGACACCAAUACAACUCGAGGAUACCUAGGAAUCACUCUUCACUUCUGGGAUGGAUCUCAACUCAUCAGUCAUGAUUUGGAGACCAUGUUGUUGACAAAAAACAGAACAGCAGAGUACCUCUCUCAAAAAUUUAAAGAGUUUCUUGAGAAAUGA